CAGCCAUCCCACUUCCCCGCAGCCACAUGGUGUGUGGAGUGGGGAGCCCCCCUUCCUCCCGAGCUGCCGCUAGAGUCCCUGUCCCCCCGCCCCCGCAGGAGCCAGGCAGGGGACCGGCGCGGGGGUCCCAGUUCAUCCGGGCAGCGAGGAGGCGCGGCGCAGCGCAGCCUGCGCGCUGCUGAUGAAAUCCCCUUGCCCGCGGCUGUAGGGCGGCCGGCGCAGCGCAAUAUUCAGCAGGGCGAAGCGCUCCAUGGCAGAGCCGCGCUGAGCCGCCCGAGCCCAGCGCCAUCGCCGAUUGCAGAGCCGCCGCCAUGGACGCGUUCAUGAAGGGCUUGUCCAAGGCCAAGGAGGGGGUUGUCGCCGCGGCGGAGAAGACCAAGCAGGGGGUGGCGGAGGCUGCGGAGAAGACCAAGGAGGGGGUGCUCUACAUGGGAAGCAAAACCCAAGGUGUGGUGCAAGGCGUCACCUCAGUGGCUGAGAAGACCAAGGAGCAGGCGUCCCAGCUGGGGGAGGCCGUCAUCUCAGGGGCCGGGAACAUCGCGGCCGCCACGGGCCUGGUCAAGAAGGAGGAGUUCCCCACUGACCUGAAGCCUGAGGAGGUCGGGCAGGAGGCCGUGGAGGAGCCGCUGAUCGAGCCUCUGCUAGAGCCAGAGGGUGAGAACUACGAGGAGCCGCCCCAGGACUAUCAGGAGUACAAGCCGGAGGCGUAAUGGCCACGCUCACCUCGCCACCUCCACCAGCAGCACAAUAAUGACAAUGCCCCCUCGUGCCCCUCCCCGGCUUCUCCCCCGGCAGGUGCCAGCGCAGGGGGCGAUGGCGAGGACCCUCCGUCCCAUUAAGUCACAAGUUCUUCCUGCAGCCCUGCUGCCAGGGGCCUCGCCGGAGGCUGCGUUGCUGUGUCGUGUCUUGUAGUGUUAAGAGAAACUCGUCGUCCUGCAGCCGCCCGGAGCGGUGUCCCAGGCCCGGCUUAUCGCCCUGCAUCCCUCCCAGUGCCAUAAGCCCGGCUGGCCCCGUGUCCGUCCGCAGCAUGUUUAGCUGAGCCGAGCGGCCCCGCCGGCAGGAGUCCUGGUGUGGCAUGCGCCCCCGGGGCUGGUGUACAUUCGCUUGCACGCGCCUCCUGGUGAUUCGCACCCGUCCUCGUGGAACUGUUUUUGAUAUUCUGAUGGAUCAUUUAUGCCCUUGUGACACCCCCCCCCCCCCGGUGCGACUGUUGUGUCUGUGCUCUCCAAACACCCCAGUAAGAACCCCCCCCAAUGCUGUGUUGUGAUGUGGUAUGGAUCCCCCCCCCCCCCCGUGUCAAUGCGGGGCAGCUGCCAGUGACACAGCCACCCCGCCGGUGAAUAAAGCCAGCUCUUGUCUGUCA